AUGCUCCAGAAGGCAAUUCCGGGCGUCUACAGCGAAUCAAAAAUCGUCCCAAUACUCGUCCUUUUAGUGGUUAUCAUGAUAUAUGACAUGAAUAGAGAUCCGAAUGAACCCGAACGAGUGCGCCUUGAAGACAAAGCUUUAGGUGACAGCAGUGCCCGGAACGGUAACUACGCUUUGAAAUACACCGAGGAACGAAUGAACAUGCUGUCGUCAACGCAUGCUCCAAAAGCAACAACAACUGCGAGAAUAUCGACAUCCAGCUCACCAGAUGCUUUCACUGUAGUCUUCCAACAUCGAUUCCUCAUUAAAUAA